AUGUUUCAUGAAUUUAGCCAAACAUGCACUGGCGAUAUUUGCGUUAUUUCGAGAUAUUCAAUUGGUUCUUCCCACGAAAUCAUGCAGACGUGCGUCUCUGGGGUUGAAAAAAUUGACGAAGGUUGUUUGCUUGAUUACGAAGAUCAGAUCAUCUGCUAUUGCCAGAGCGAUUUGUGCAAUGUUCGCGAUAUGUACAUGAACCAAAAGAUAGUUCAAAUGCCGUCUGUCGAAUGCAAAUUGGCGUUGUUUCAAACCAUUGGAUCGAAAAUCGGCAACAAUUGCGUAUUGAUUCGAAAAACCAAUUUGUAUAUGGAUUUGGACACUGGAAAAAUGAACGCUUACCCACCACACGAAGAGGUUGGAACGACUGAUAGUCAAACCAAUGCACCGAUCAUAUUCAAGCAGUUUUAUACUCCAUCGUACCAAAAUAUUGCUGAAUCAUUUUUUGCAAACGCGUGUUACAAUGUCACAUUAAGCGAGUCAACGCACUAUCAUAUACAUUGCAAAUGCAAUACGCUGUUCAUGGCAUUUACUGGAGUAAUGCUAAAAGCUUUCCUAUGA